UGUGAUGGCAGAAAAAGUAAACCCAAGAUCCCUUCAUUAAGAGCUGUCAUUUCUCGAAACCAAGAGGGACCUGGGGAGAUGGGGAAGGCCGUGCUCAUUCCCAAGGACGACCAGGAGAAGAUGAAGGAGCUGUUCAAGAUCAACCAGUUCAACCUCAUGGCCAGCGACCUGAUUGCCCUCAACCGGAGUUUGCCCGAUGUGAGGUUAGACGGGUGCAAGACAAAAGUCUACCCGGAUGAGCUGCCCAACACGAGCGUGGUGAUCGUGUUUCACAACGAAGCCUGGAGCACGCUGCUGCGGACCGUCUCCAGCGUGAUCAACCGCUCGCCGCGCCGGCUGCUCGCCGAGAUCAUCCUGGUGGAUGACGCCAGCGAGAGAGAAUUUCUGAAAGCCUCAUUAGAGAAUUACGUGAAGAGUCUGGAAGUGUCCGUAAAAAUCAUUCGGAUGGAGCAGCGGUCAGGGCUGAUCCGCGCGCGGCUCCGCGGGGCAGCGGCGUCCCGAGGGCAGGUGAUCACGUUCCUGGACGCGCACUGCGAGUGCCCCCUGGGCUGGCUGGAGCCGCUGCUGGCCAGGAUCAGGGAGGACAGGAGAACCGUUGUCUGCCCCAUCAUCGAUGUGAUCAGCGAUGACACGUUUGAGUACAUGGCUGGGUCGGAUAUGACUUACGGAGGGGUUAACUGGAAACUGAACUUCCGCUGGUACCCGGUGCCCCAGCGGGAGAUGGACCGGAGGAAAGGGGACCGGACCUUGCCCGUGAGGUGA